AUGUUUUCUCUUCUUUCGAAAACGUUCGAAGCUCUAAAGACUGGGGGUUCUGUGAGACGACCACAACCACUCAAACUUGUCCGUCCAUCAAGGCAGCCUAAUAUUCAGUACUACGGAUAUAUGGUCACCACCGAAUGGCUUAUCCAGUUCGCGGAGCAACACUGUCCAGGAGCGUUGCUCGAUCGCAGGGACAGUGGCUACGAGUUCAUUGCGAGGACACGAGGAUAUGAGUACAUCUCAGCUUGGUCGCGCAUCUGCUAUUUAGGACUCAAGGAGUGUUUCAAUCUUGCGGUCAUUCCAGCUGACACCGUUAUGGUGUUCGCUGUGUUUUCGGAUCAAGAAGAAUCCUUUGAAGAACGUCCUACGCAGGAAACGGUUGACUUCAUGACAAAGUCAAUCGGGCAUCCGCCGCAAUGGUGGGCCUCACGCAUCAUGCUAUACGAACUACGAAUCUUCGUUGCGGCUGCAUAUCGUGCAGAAGAUGUAGACUUCACGACUUCACGGCGAAGUGUUGCGUUGGCUUAG